AUGCUUUCAGAGCCUUUUGUUUUACUAAAGAAUUAUCGCUAAUAACAAGAUGCCUUAAAAUUAACAUAAAAGACGAAGUUGAUACCAAUUCAAAAGAAACUAGUUAAGAAAACUCAUGUUCCAAAAUAUUUGACGAAUGAUAAAGAAAGAAACUCAUAAAGGAGUCAAACUCAACCUGAAUAAUCCAUCGAACCUUUGAUUCAAAUGCAAUUAUAUUCAGAUGAUCAAAUAAACGAAGAUUAGUAUUCUCCUCUCUUAUUCAAUGAGUACAAAUUCGCUUUUCAUGACUCAUUUUGUUGGAACAUAAAUCUAUCAGACGAGGCAUUUGAGAUUUGA